ACGUGGGGGUGCGCACCAUAUAUAAUUUCAAGCCAUGUCAGACUCUGAGGAUUCAGAAAGCUUUUUGAGUGCUGAUGAAGGAGAUGCUGGUAAUGUGUCAAGUGACAUAACACUCUCCAGUGACUCAGAACCUGAAGAGAAGGAGAAGGCUGUCACUGGAGGGGCUGGUCAUGAAUCAAGUGACAUUACUCUAUCUAGUGAUGAAGAUGAAAGCCCAGUACAGUCAGCUAAGGGGACAACACAAGAUAAAAAGGUUGGUAGAGCUGGAAGCAAUGAGGAAACAAAAACAAAGACAAAACUUGUGGCCAGCAGGCAUGAGAAGGAACAGUUAUCAUCUGGUAUUGGAAAGCAUGCCGAAGAAGACUCAAGCUCAAAAGUUCAAUCAGGCGAAGCUGCUAAAACAUUUGAGGUGUCCUGCAUGUCACACACCCUGUCAAAGGUGACCAAUGUUGAAACUGAAAAGCAAACUGUGGAAAAGGCCACUGGAUCAUUAGUCCAAAUGCAUGGUACCAAUGAUGUGCCCAAGUGCACUGAAACUGCUGCCCUGAUGACCAGUACUGCAUGCAUUGCCUCCUCAGCCCCACCUGAUGGGUAUAACACCUCUCCCAAAGACCCUGAUGGGACAUGCAAGGCUGCUCUGCCUGCUCAGGAGCAGGCUGAUGCUGAGGGCUGGGGAGAUCUGGGUGAGACCACAUUACCUGGUGAAGAGAAGGCUGAGCCUGAGGGAUGGGGAGAUCCGGGUGAGGCCACGUCACCUUGUGAAGAGAUCGCUGAUUCUGAGGGCUGGGGAGAUCUGGGUGAGACCACGUCACCUGGUGAAGAGAUACCUGAGCCGAAGGGCGGGAGAGGCCGCGGUGAUCCGCUAGUUGGGGCGUCGCCGGAGCCUGAGGCGCCGCGGGAGCAGGACGACUGGGGCUGGACGGACGAUCGGACGUCGCCCGGUCCCACCCAGGACGUGACCGUCCCGGUAUCCAAAGCCAAGGCCUCAGCGGGGUCCGCGCCGUCGUCAGCGCACGUGUCCGUGACCUCAGAUGAGCUUGUUACCGACGCGCCAGACAAUACUGCGGCAGAGGACCGGCCGACAGACGCGGCGGCCGAGGCGAGGCCAGAGAAGGCGGCGGCGGCGGACGCCCCGGAGCGGAGGCCUUAG